AUGGGGGGCGAGAACAACUUCGACGGCCUGUCCUUCUUCGAGAAUAAUGACUUCCAAAACAUCAACCGGGAGUUUUUGAGAGGGUCCAUCGACGGCUCCGCAAAUGAAGAAGAAAAGGGGCUCAUACAAAAGGCAAUCAGUUUAUCCAAAAAGGGAGCAGAGAAUAUACAAAAGGGAAUAAAAAAGACGCUGGAAAAAACGAAUCUAAAUAAUGCCCCAUCAAUAGUAUCCAAUUCAACCACUGCAGAAACGGGUUCUAUGUUUUCUAAUUUCCCUCUGUUUAAUAGCCAAAGUAGAGAGAAUGAACCGAAUUCCUUUUUCGCCUUUACCACUGUCUUGUCUUAUAAGAAUUUCCCUCUCUUUUGCUUGUUCUUUGGAGUGAGCAUUUUGUUCCUCAUCUUGUCUUUCUUUACCCUGCCCAUGAUUGUAAUCACGCCGAGGCAGUUUGGCUUCUUCUUCACCUUGUCCUCCAUCUGCUUCGUCACCUCGCUGGCCUUCCUCAAGGGCUUCUCGAGUCUGUACUACCACUUGAUGGAGAAGAACCGCCUCCCAUUCACCGCGGCCUACAUUUUGUCCCUCCUCUCCACGCUCUACUUCACCGUCAUUAAGCCCUUAUACUUAUUGGUACGUUGA